AGAUUAUGUAAGGGUAUUUGGGGAUUUGAGAACAUGGAUUGGGCGGCAAAGCCUUCUGUAAGGCAAUCAGGUGGGCUGAUCAGUAUGUGGAAUUCUGAUAUUUUCAAAAAGUACAGAAUAUUUGAAGGAAAUGGAUUUUUAGGAGUGUCUGAAUUUUGGGGAUUAGAAGGAACACCUGUGAAAAUUGUGAAUGUCUAUGCUCCAUGUGAAUUACAGGGACAAAGGAAACUGUGGGGAGAGUUAAAAAAUCUAAUUCAAGGGCUGGGAGGGAAUUGGUGUGUGAUGGGUGAUUUUAAUGCAGUAAGGAGCAACCAGGAAUUUACAGGCAACAAAAGACAUCAGGGAGAGAUGAGAGAAUUUGAUGAAUUUAUUGCAGAGACAGAAUUACAAGACUUGCCACUAAUUGAAGAGAAAAUGGAUUGGGGCCCCAAACCUUUUAAGGUGUUUGAUUCCUGGUUUGACUACCCAGAAUUUAAAGAAUCAGUAGCAGCAACAUGGAACUCAUCAAUAGUGCAAGGGAAGAAGGGCUUUGUUCUAAAAGAAAAGCUGAAGAAACUCAAAGCUUUUCUAAAGAAUUGGAGCAAAAAUUUGAUGCCAGAAGUGGAGAACAAAACAAACACGGCAAAGGAGAAUAUAGAGAAAAUAGAUAAGGCUAGGAAGGAAUGGAUUAAAGAUGGAGAUGCAAACACACGUUUCUUCCACAAAUGCAUUAAAGGGAGAUGGAGGAGAAAUGAGAUUAAUAGCAUCAUGAUUAAUGGAAAAAAUGUCCAAGGAGUAAAGGAAGUUAAAGAAGAAGUUGCUGCAUAUUUUGAGAAGAUGUUCCAAGAGGAAGCUUGGGACUGAUCUACUCUUGAAGGACUUAAUUUCAACCAACUAUCCACCGAGUAGGAUGCUUCAUUGAUAGCAACAUUUGAAGGAAGACGAAGUUCGUAGAGUGGCUUGGGAUUGUGAAAGCUCUAAAGCACUAGGUCUUAAUGGCUUCAAUUUCAACUUUAUCAAGAAGAUGUGGGAUGUGCUUAAAGAGGAUAUUAUGAAUUUUGUUCAUGAAUUCCACCAAUAUGGAAGAUUAAGUAAAGGGCUCAAUACUUC